AUGUCCCAGUCUUCACUUCUCUCGGGCCUCCUCGCCCUUGGACUUGCAAUUUCUACCUCGGCUCAGAGCGGAGGACCCAUCACAGAACUCAACAUUGUCAACAAGGAGAUCUCGCCUGAUGGGUUCGCUCGGCAGGGUGUGCUAGCCAAUGGUACCAUGCCUGGACCUAUUAUCAAGGGCAACAAGGGAGACAACUUCCAGAUCAAUGUAAUCGACCAGCUCACUAAUACGACGAUGAACACUUCGACCACCGUCCAUUGGCACGGUAUCUAUCAACAUCAGACUAACUGGGCAGACGGACCGGCAUUUGUCACGCAAUGUCCUAUCAUCGCUGGCAACUCCUUCCUGUACAAUUUCACUGUCCCUGAUCAAGCAGGCACCUUCUGGUAUCACAGCCACGAGGGUGUACAGUACUGUGAUGGGCUGAGAGGUCCUUUCAUCGUCUAUGAUCCCGACGAUCCCCACAAGGACCUGUACGAUGUCGACGACGAUACGACCGUCAUCACUCUCGCUGAUUGGUACCACUCGCCUGCAAACGACCUGCUUGCCGGCCCUGUGGAUGCGGACUCUGUGCUCAUCAACGGCCUCGGCCGUCUGAAUAACUCGGACACACCGGUAUCCGUCAUUGAGGUCGAACAAGGCAAACGGUACCGCUUCCGACUGAUCUCUACCUCCUGCCACCCGUACUUCAACUUCUCCAUUGAGGGGCAUGACAAUAUGACUAUUAUCGAGGCGGAUGGCCAGAACACCGAACCGCUCCCGGACAUCGAUUCGAUCCAAAUCCUGGCCGCGCAGCGCUACUCCUUCGUGCUGGAAGCAAACCAGCCGGUUGGAAACUACUGGAUUCGUGCUGCCCCUCAGACCGUUGUCGCCGGCAGCGCCGGCACCCCCACUGGUCUGGCCAUCCUGCGGUAUGUCAACGCAACGGCGGUGGACCCUACCACCGACCCCUACGACAUCCCCGAUCCCCAGAACCCUCUCUUGGAGCAGAACUUGCGCUCAUACGGCAAUGUGACGGUCCCGCCACUUGAUCCUGACUGUGACGAAUGCGACAUUGUGCUGAACUUUUCUCUCAACACCGUCACGGGCUCGUUCUUCGUGAACGACACCACGUACUUGAACGCGUCCUAUGUGAACCCCCCGGUUCCUGUGCUGCUCCAGAUCCUCAAUGGAACGUACAACGCACACGACCUCAUGCCGGCGAACAGCGUUCAGUCCCUGCCCCUCAACAAGACGAUCCAGAUCACCAUGCCCGGCAUUAUCGCAGGGCCACACCCCUUGCAUCUGCACGGUCACUCGUUCUUCGUCAUCCAGAGUGCCGGUAGCGACACGCCGAACACUAUCAACCCUGUUCGCCGUGACACCGUCAGCAUCGGAACCGGUCCGACCAACCCGGCCACCAUCCGCUUUGUUACUGACAACCCGGGACCUUGGUUCAUGCACUGCCACAUCGACUUCCACUUGGCUGCCGGCUUUGCUCUCGUCAUGGCAGAAGCUGCUUCGGAUGUUCCCGACUACGUCCGCCCCGUCCCUCCCGCUUGGGAAGAGUUGUGCCGCGAGUACAACAGCACCAACCCGCGCCCACUUGUAGCUUGA